UCACGUUAAUUCACACCCAUCACAAAUUUAGCAUAUUGACCUAAUUCAACUAUUUUCUUCCCCAUUUCAAUUCAACAUGUAUUUCUUAUAGAUUUUUGCAAAUUACAUAUACAUCCCCUGUCGCACCAGAUUUUGAAACCCAGAGAGCGGAGUGAUGGCAGGAGGCAACCCUUCAAGGCAUCCGUCUUCCUCCUCAGCCAAUGCCAAGCCACCGCAGUCUUCCAAUGCUUCUAACCGGAAGUCUCGCUGGGAAUCUCCGGGGAAAAACCGCCCUCCCAAGGACUCCAAACCCUCCGGGUCGGGUUUAGGGGAUGGUAAACCUAAACCCUCACCGAAAACCGGGAAGGAAACGGCGCCGUCGACGGCCAAUGCAAAAAAACCUCCUACCCCUAAGCCCAGAUCCGAUUUCCGGUCUCCGAAACCCGCCGACCUGGAUACCCGUUCUGCGUUGCCUCCGUUUCCGUUCCAGGACCCUCCACCGCCUCCUACCUACGGAUUUCAUAUGCUCGAGCGCCGGGGCAUCGCGCUUGCAGAUGGUUCGGUGAGGCCUUACUACGCUUUGCCUCAGAAUUAUCAGGACUUUCCACCUAGGGAUUUUCGCGGGCCGGGGUUAGGAUUCGAUAGACAGUUUCCAAUGAGCCCGGAUUUCCGACCCGAUUUCCGGGACCGUGAGAACCCGUUGAUGUGGAACCGGAAUCAGGAUUCUUGGAAUUCGCUAGGAUUAGAUGGGCAGGCUAGUGGACCAGGGAUGGGGCCGGGUGUGCAUGAGAACCCAAUGAAGAGAAAGUUUGGGGACGAUGCAAGGGAAGUGUAUGAUGGGUUUGAGAGGCAAAGACAGCAGGUUUUGAAGCAUGGAAAUAUGAGCAACUCACCAGGAACUAGUGGUUUGUAUAGGAGAGAUGUAGGGGAAAUGAGACCUGCCAAGUUUAUGAGGACUGCUGAGGCAAAUGUAGGUCAGCUUAAGCAUCAUACUGUUGAUCAAAAUGCCCUAAAGAAGGCAUUUUUGCACCAAAUUAAGUUGGUUUAUGAAAACACAAAUCAGAAAAAUCGGUUUUUGGCAGAUGGAAAGCAGGGGCGUAUUCAGUGUCUCGUCUGUGGCAGCUCUUCCCAAGAUUUCCCUGAUAUGCACAGUCUUAUUAUGCAUGCAUACAAUAAUGCUGACUCAAGUAACUCAACUGUAGAACACUUGGGCUUUCAGAAAGCUUUGUGCAUUCUGAUGGGUUGGAACUAUUUGAUACCUCCUGAUAAUUCAAAGUCAUACCAGCUGUUAUCUGGUGAUGAAGCAGCUGCUAACCAGAAUGACUUGAUUAUGUGGCCACCACUGGUUAUAAUUCAUAAUACAAUGACAGGGAAGCGUGCAGAUGGGCGCACAGAGGGUUUGGGGAACAAAGCAAUGGAUAGUUAUCUUAGAGAUAUUGGAUUUCAAGGGGGCAAGUCAAAAUCAUUAUAUUGCAGAGAAGGUCACCUAGGCAUUACCCUUGUAAAGUUUGCCAGUGAUCAGUCAGGUUUGAAAGAGGCUCUAAGGUUGACAGAAUACUUUCUCAAAGACAACUGUGGGAGAAAUGGUUGGUCCCGUGUGCAGCCCUUGACUUUAGUGAAGGACGAAGAAAACAAUCCAGACCUAGUGAAGGUUGAUCAGCGAACAGGCGAGAAAAAGAGAGUGUUCUAUGGAUAUUUGGCAACAGUUUCUGAUAUGGAUAAGGUUGAUUUCGAGACUAGGAAGAAGGUUUCUAUUGAGAGCAUAAGAGAAUUCCAGUCAUCAUCAUCGUAAUAAAACCAUUAUGGUAACUUUGCUAGGGUAUCUGAUUACUUCCAUCUUCCUUGUCUAGAAAAGUUUCAUCUUUUCGCUUGAUGAUCCACAUUGCCUUUCCCUUUUGGGGCCUGGGUAAUGAUUUUUCUGUGGCUAAAUUAUCAGUGUCAUGGACAAUUGGUACAAGCUUCCUGCUCUCUCUUUAUCGUUAAUGAUCAUAGGCUGGAGUUGGUUCUCACUUUAAGCUCUAUGAGUUGUUUGUUGCAUGAAUAGUUAGAAACAGCCAAGGGAUGGUAGGGGAGGAGGAUUGACAGGUAGGAUUAUCAAUUAUGUUUACUUUGAUGCUUAUUAUUUGUGAUGAUUAUCGAUUAGUUGAUCAUGAUAGGUGUAUACACUAUACAUCUAUGAUUGCUC